AUGGCUUGGUGGAAUCCCUUAACGAAGCAGAUGCUGCUGCGACUCUCAAAGCACCCAACGGUGCAUAGGUACGCACGUCAAGGAAUGAACUAUAUGAGGGAUCACCCUUCCGGCAGAAAAAUAUCCUCCGCGAUGUCAAACUCUUGGGUAGAAAUAAGGAGCCGCGUAGAGUCGUCUACUUCGGCUUUCCGCACCUUGGGCUUUGAUGGCAAUAAUAAGAACGGCGGGUACGCCAAACAAGUCUUUACCCUGUGGAAUGAAUAUAAAGGGCGUGUGUUUUCAUUUAUCGUUGUGAAUUUCAUGGGGAUUUUGUUUUUUUUUCAAUUUGGCUCCGCCCUGUGGCAAAUGUUCAAGCAGAUGGUGUCAACUCUUUUUACUGAACCGGAGAAGAAGCUCAAGAAAAAUGAGGGCUCUUCUCGUGCCAUCAAGGCCUACGUGGCCGGUGCCGAAGGUAUUGAGGAGAAAAAGAAAAAGGUCAUUUUUGCAACAGCAGCAACAGCAACGGG